AUUGUAAUGCCGUCCAAGGUGGGUUUUGGGGCGUUACAACAAACAUCUGAAGAAAUUGAAAUGCAUCAACUAGAUGAUACUGAAGAUAAAGAACAUGAAGUCCAAGAUACGGAAGAUAAAGAAAUCCAAGUAGAAGAGAAAGAAAAGUUAGAAUGUGAAGAAGAGGAAGAGGUAGAAGAUAAUGAACAAUUUGUGAUAAAGAACAGAAAGAAAAAAGGGAAAAACCAAGUUUUGUUAGAAAGCAGUGAAGAAUCAGAAGAGGUGGAUGAAUGGAGAAACCAUGCUCAACAAAUUUAUGACUAUGAACAAGACAAUGAACAAGCAAGCAAUGAACAGAUGGAAUCCAAACCAUAA